CCUUUAAACUUCGCUCUUCUUCGUCACGUCAUUUUCGUCAUUGUCAUUUUAUCACGGGUCCUCGGUAGAGUCAGUGCUGGUGUUCAAAAGUUUUGUAUUAAUUGAUGACUAGAAGAUAUUGCAGACCUAGUUGAUUUCCAAUACAUUUCGUCAUUUACGAGAAAAAUAAGACUUUGUAUACUAUGGCCGAAAAAAGUGCAAAAAAAGUUAAAAGUUCAGGGCCCUCUGCAAUUGGAAAAUUCUACCUUAUAGCAUAUAAUGCUAUUCAAACUUUAGGAUGGUCAUACAUGCUGAUGAUAUCAUUUGUACACUUCCUGGACCGUGGAAGUUUGGACACUUUUUGGCCAGUUAUUAAAACAACUGUUGUUAUAUUCCAAAAUGCAGCCGUCCUUGAGGUGGUGCACGCUUUAAUCGGCUUAGUGCCCUCUGGAGUCGCGGUUGUAUUGCCACAAGUGUACUCACGCGUCUUUCUAGUGUGUGGUUGCCUGUUAGCUACUGAGUCCGCGCCAGUGAGUCCCGGCCUGCCGCUCUGUAUACUGGCCUGGUCUAUCACGGAGAUCAUAAGAUACGCUUACUACACCCUUAAUUUGAUCAACAGUGUACCAGAAACACUACUAUUUCUCAGAUAUUCCACCUUCCUGUUUCUCUACCCAUUGGGAAUUACUGGAGAGCUGUUGUGCAUGUAUCACUCUCUGGAUGAGAUCGCAGAAAAACAAUUGUUCACAAUAUCUAUGCCUAACGCGUGGAACGUGGCAUUUAACUACUACUAUUUCUUAGUCUUCUACAUGUUCUUAUACAUUCCUAUCUUCCCCUUCUUGUAUGGACACAUGUUGGCGCAACGAAGAAAAAUGCUCAGCAAAGAUGCAAAGAAAACUAAAUAAUGACUUACUACUAAUAUUGUUAGUGACACUUAUCACAUUGAUGAGUUUUAUAGUAUUUUAGUAGUCUGUAUUUUUUGUAUACAGAUUUACUAAUGUUUUUGGAAGACAAUACCAUGCUACACUAUCCACACGCUGCGCUUGCGCCGCAAAUACUGCACGUUCUAAAUAACACUUUCGUAUUUUUAUACUUAAUUCGGAAAGCGUCCGUAGCACGUAUUAGCCAAUGAAAAUGUAUUAAGAUUAAAAACGAUAAAAAUGUUUACCUACCCGGGCAAUGAAGACCAAGCGAGAUCCAAUGACACCGUUCGGAUACCUGCUGAUACCAAAACCAAUACUGAUAAAUAUUUUAAACACGACGAACAAAGGAAAGUGCGUUUUAAUAUUCCAAAUACCUACAGGCUUCGGCAGAUUUGAAGCUAUCAGAUACAUAGUAUCUAUAUUUGUGUGAGGAUUUUGUCAUUUAACGUGUGAAACGUGCUGACGGCGCAGAAAGAAUACUCAAUCUCGAAUUGCAUUUUCUUUACUGUAGCGUAAUGAGGGCUACUGGUUAGGUUAGCUAGGUGCUAGUUACUGUGGUGGCUUGGGUUAAUGAUUACAAGCUGUUUAAUUUAUUAAUUAUUUAAUAAUUUAAUAAUAUGGUCGACUGGGUUAUGGGCAAUGUUAUGCAAAUAUAAUAAAUUUAUUUUUAUGACAUA